AUGUUAAAAUUUGAAAAUCAAUUUAAGACAUCAACUUGGGCUUUACGUUUCAAUGGAGCCCAUCCCUUUUUACAGCGCGAUAAAAAAUGGAUUGCAAAAUUUAUUUUACUUGUCAUUUUUACUACAGUGUUUUUUGUAUUUCUUGUCAAUUCAAUUGUUUUUCAUGAUAUUCCAGAUGGGAAAUAUACGGAAGCCAUCAAAAACGGCAGCCUAGCUACCGUGUACUUGACUCUUUACUUUAAAAACUAUGUCCUGCUACGUUUUGCAAAUUCAAUGAGAAAAUAUAUUGAAAUUAUCAAUGAAGAUUAUGCCGCAGUUGAACAUUACACACAAGAUGAGAAGCAAAUAAUUCAGCUGUAUUCAAAAAAGGGAACCAACGUUUGUUUUUAUUGGUUCGUUGCAGCAUAUACUACCGGUGCUAUGUUUCCUUUAAAAGCUUUAUUUUUUAUGAUCUGUUCAUUUUUUCGCGGUGAAUUUAAACUAGUUCCAAUAUUCGAUAUGACUUACCCGGCCUUGAUUGAAACUCGUAAAGAAAUCAUUUAUGUAUAUCUAAUUUUAUUUUUAUAUUGCCUAAUUUUCGAUAUGUAUGCAACAUCUGUGUACGUGGGAUUUGAUCCUAUGGCUUCUAUAUUUCUAUUGCACGUUUGUGGUCAAAUUGAAAUAAUGAGUUUGCGAAUGAAGAACGUAAUGACGGAUGUUACAGAUCAUAAUGAGAUCUGUAGAAAAUUAAGAGAUAUCAACAAAAGACUGCAAGCAAUUUACAUUUUCCAUAAUUCAGUUCAAUCGAACUUUUUGGAAUUAUUUGAAUUCAAUAUGAAAACUACAAUGUUUUUAUUACCAUUCUCAGCUUUUCAAAUCGUUCAAUCACUGAAGAAUUUGGAACUUAAUAUAGAAUUCACAUGUUUCUUUGGGUCAUACAUAAUUCACUUUUUAAUCCCAUGCUACUAUAGCAACCUACUGAUGGAUAAGAGUUACGAAUUGAGAGAAGCAAUUUACUCGUGCGGUUGGGAGAACCAGCCGAAUAUUCAAAUAAGGAAGACCGUGUUGUUUAUGUUGUCAAGAUGUGUCAUACCGCUCAGCAUGAGAACUAUAUUCCACCCAGUUAACCUCGCAACAUUUGCCGAGGUGUGUCGUCAAGCUUAUACCAUAUUCAAUAUUAUGAAUGCUGCAUGGUCAUAA